AUGGUAAAUAAAUGUCCGGGCAGGUUACUUUACCCAUCGGGAUUUCCCAUGGAUAAUUCAGAAAGUAGCAUUUCAAAUGAGAUUAAUACAUUUGAAAACAGAAAUGAUAUGCUUUCUAAUCAUACAGAUUCAGGUGGAGAUGAAGAUGAAAAUGUCAAAGAAGAGUAUAGAAUGUUUAGCAGUAGAUCCAUAUCAAUAACUGCUUCUUCUAUAGGCAUUUCUUCAAUUAGUGAUGAUGUUUGCAAGCAUAUUGCUGAAGAACUGUAUUAUAAAACAAAGGAAUUGAUUUAUAUGUCCAAGUUGAUUUUGAAUCAAAACAAGAGAUCUACUUUGACUACAAAUGAUGUUAAAAAAGCCAUGAAACUUCUUGGAGGUUUAGAGUUGUAUGGUCACAAUUCUAAUGAUGAUGUCAAUUUCAUUCAUGUUCCCAAAUCUGAUAUUUUCAUUGAAGAAGAUCCAGAAUUUGACAUUCUUCAUGAUGCUCUUUCAGAUAAUAAUUAUACCCAAAAAGGAGAUCCAUACAUCCGUGGAGCAUGGGUUAUGCCAGAAGGUUACUCUGAAGAUCCCUCUAUUGUUACAACUUGUACAUAUUAUCAACAAAUUGCUAAAACUAUUAUGACUGGAAGUCCAGCACAUAUUAGGGUGGCUCUAAGUGAUCUGAGAACAAAUCCGAAAAUUGGCCCUGUGUGUCCUUAUUUUUUAAACCUUGUUGCUUUAACUGUAAAAAAAGUUCCUCGUGAUACUCAUUUAACUAAUGCAUUGAUCGGCACUGUCCAUGCAAUUGCUCAUAACAAAUUUGUAGAUCCAAGCCCAUAUUUAGCUGUUAAUCGGGCUGUAAAUUCACUAUUAAAAAUAGUUAUAGAAGGAAAUGUUGACAAAGUUGGAGAUGACUAUGUUGACAAAGAUGAUGAUUUAGCUGUAAGAAUGAGAGCUGGUCUUCUUCUUGCCAAGGUGGUGAUUAUGUGGAGUAUUGAGCUAAAGCAACAAAUAGAUAUAGUGAGACAUCUUCUUCAUCACCUUUUGGAUCCUGAUGUUCCUCUUCAAUCUCACUAUGGUGCUAUUGUUGCAUUGACAGCUCUUGGGCAACGAAGAUUAGGAUUUUAUUUUUGGCCGUUGAUGGAAAGAUAUCUGCCACAACUGGAGUCAAAAGUUGGCUCUAAUAAAACCAACAUAAUGGUCCAACAUGUAAUGGCAGCUAUAUUAGUAGCUGCAAGAAGUACGUAUAAAAAGGAACAAGGGUCCAAUCCUGAUCAGUUAAAACAGCUUUAUGAAGUGGACAAAAUGUUAUAUGCCACAUUUGGUGAUAGUGUUACUCCCCUAAGAAUGGUUGCAAACCCACCCAUAUUCAAAUGUGUUAAAACACAAAUUAGUCAAAGUCGUUUAAAACUAAGAUUGUGCCGGACUACACAAAAUGAACAUAACGAAUGGAGAAAACCUGUUGAUUUGUGUUCAGUGUUUGAAAAUUAUCAAAGACUUCCUUGUUUAACCAAUAAUAUUUACAAUGACAGGGCUGAUUACAAGAGACGUGUGUUUUAUUGUGUCCAGAGGAACUACAAAUUUUGUAGGCCUCUCCAUGAACGUUCUGCCUCAGGAGAUUUACUUCUUAUGUUAUAA